AUGACAACCAAGGCGGAUAAAAAGCUGGUUGAUCUGCUGCAAAAGCGAGAGCGACUUGUGGCUACACGAGAGUUGGUUGAGAAAUUUGUGGCUGCAUACGAUCACGAAAAGCAUGUUAUCCAAAUACCGGUGCGACUAGAGACGUUGAACAGGACCUACAAGGAAUUCCUUUCCGUGCAGUCGGAAAUCGAGCAGCUGGACAAACCGGAAACCUUCAAAGCACAUCUAGCGGCAGAUCACCACACAGCGUAUGCGGAUACUUCGUUGAACUCCAGCUUUACUCAUUCACAAGGACCGUCAACAUUCCAUCACAGGCUGCCCAAGAUUGAUCUACCCAAGUUCAAUGGAGACGAAUCAAGAUGGAUUUCAUUCCGAGACAACUUUGUUUCCAUGAUUCACAUCAACGAGGACAUCCCCGUAGUCAACAAGCUACAAUACCUGCUACAAUCGUUAGAGGAUCCCGCCAGAAAACAAUUCGAGACUGUUGAGAUUCAAGCAGAUAAGUACGCGCCGACCUGGGAGGAACUCUUAAAGAAGUACGACAACAAACGCUCGCUGAGAAAAACCCUAUUCCGAAGACUGUACGAGUUGCCAUCAAUGGAAGGCGAAUCAGCACAACAUUUGAACACGUUGGUUGACGACUUCCAGCGACAUGUCAAAGCCCUGGAGAAGCUUGGAGAGCCGAUCAACCAGUGGGAUACACCGCUCGUAUUUAUUCUCAGCGACAAACUGGAUUACGCUACCCUACGUGCUUGGGAACAGGACUCAAGCAAGAAGGAGGUGGUGACCUACGAGGAGUUGAUAGAGUUCCUGAACAACCACGUUCGCAUGCUGAAGUCUUUCGCAAGUGACUUGCAGCACCGUCAAACCGGCAAUGUCAAGGUGGCCGGCGCUAGUCAGAAGAAAUCCCAAUCAGUUAAGUUCAUCGCAAACGCAGCCACAUCGGAAACAAGGACGUACACACCGCAGUGUCCGUCAUGCUCGAAGCAGCACCUGUUAUACGAAUGUCCAGCAUUUACUAAGCUUGCAGUGAUCCAGCGUCGCGAGCUGGUCACCCAACGAAGCCUGUGCUGGAAUUGCUUCCGCCAAAAUCACCAAGCGCGUGCCUGCAGAUCGAAGUUCUCCUGCAGAAUAUGCCAAGCGAAGCACCACACGCUGCUGCACGACCCAGGUGCACCGGACCACACUCAAGACGCAGCUGUGGCUUCCAAUUCCACAGCUCCUCAACACAACCCGUCUACAACCAUUGGAACCUUUGGAUUAGGAAAUUCCUCUGAAACCAGCCUUCCAAUCGUAGCGAAGCAAGAUACGGUUCUUUUGGAAACAGUAAACCUUCUAAUCACCGAUCACCACGGGAGAGAACUCCUAGUCAGAGCGCUUCUAGAUUCGGCAUCGAUGUCCAACUUCGUCUCGAACAACCUGGCGGACUUGCUCAACAUUCGCAGAAAGAACGUGGAUGUCACCGUAGCUGGACUAGGAGAAUCUGCCAAGAAGAUCGACCAACAAAUCACCACCACAGUCAAGUCGCUAACAAGCCAAUUCUCCACCACCCUCGAUUUCUUGAUCAUGAAACCGCCCAUGGUCAAUCUCCCAAGAAGCGCAGUAGACAUCGCUCAUUGGAACAUGCCCGAUGUCCGACUAGCUGAUCCUCACUUCCACAGGCCAGGAGCGAUCGACAUCCUGAUUGGUGGAGAAUUCUACCAUGAACUUCACACCGGACAACGCAAGCCAAUCGGUGACGGACUUCCGUUACUUGUCGAAACUCAUUUCGGAUGGACAGUAACUGGCAAGAUUCCCACCAAGUCCGACGAAGCGUCCACGUUGUGCUGCUUCUCCACCACCGCUCGAACUUUACUAGUAGCUCCUCAACCCAUUUUGGAGCUCGAAACUGCCAAACCAAACGCAAGCCAUCCUACCAAACAAAGUUCCUCCACUCCCACUCAAACUCACAACGGAAGAUACGUCGCAUUUCUUCCUCGGUCGAAAAAUCCGCAAGUCACCCACGGCAACUCCCGCGAGAGUGCCGCGCAUCGCGUUGCUACCCACGCAAGCCGCCGUAAAAAAGUCCCAUCUACGAAACCCGCAAAGAAAGCUCGCCUCAGCCACAUGCGUAAGGACAACAAUACCAAGCCCCACUGUUGUUUCGGAUACCCGCUAGCCAGCUCGUUCAUGCAAGCAGAUCUACGAUCGUGCUUCGGUCAAACAUCUCCAGCCGUCAACGGUGCAGGAAACGAGAUGAUCGAACGGCAGACCGAAAUGCAGCUGACCAACAAAUCGCCAAAGCGCACAUGCCGUGCCGUUCCGUCAAAAUCGCUCACGUUCUUCAAUCAACCACACCUCCGCAAGUUGGCCGAAGCUGAAAGCUGUCCGGCGCCAAGGCAGAAGAAGUUCUACAAGCAUCACGUCUACAAAGGAGAAGUAUCAACGGCAGGAGAAGGCUUGCAGAAAGCCGAAUUUGCAGAAUCUUCAAAGAUCGGUCGAGCUGUCCGAAACAUGCUCAAUGCGAAAUUGGAAUGUGAACAGGUGAGUACCGUUCCAUUCGCUCCAUCUCCACCCGUUCGUUCUACCGGGUCUUUUGCUGUUCCAGAUGAUGCACGCGAGUCAAGUCAACCACCACCAAGAGCUGCAGAAACUCCAAAGACCGGUAGAGCACUCCGAAACUGCUCGAUGCGCAUAAGGAAUGCGAACUGAUGAUGCCACGUGAUUCAAGCAGGUCGGUUCGUCAAUAAUGAACCACCCACGCCCUGAAGGAAUUUCAUCAAUGGAUCGUGUCAUGGCGACACGAAGUCUUCCCGAACGAUGCCGAAGAUAAGGAGAGAGGAGAAGAGAGUUUUGAAAUAGCCACGGCUGUUUCAAGGUGGCCGGAAUGGUCAGAUCUGAACUGACCAUGAAGGUGUUGUACAGAUGUAAAUAGGUCGAAUUAGUUUUAGCACACAAUUUACACAGAAUGCAUUCGAAGACACACAAACACACACUCACAUUUAGGGUUAGUUAAUUGAAUUUACUUAUGAACUAAACACACAAAAAUUAGCUGCAUGCAAAAUACCGAAGUUGCUCUACUACACGGUAUCAUCAUCCUCGCUGAUAUCUCUCAGUUGGGAGAAUCUGUAUCUCUACCGUGUGAAGCAGAAUUGGUAAAAAGUAGCCUAGACAGAAGAUCAAUACGAGAACCAGGACAGUACGAAAUACAUCUCGCAAGCACAAACGUCGCGUUCUUCUUGUUCUUUACAUUGCCAAAUCCCAAUACACAAGUCGUGCAGUAAUUAAAAUCGAGUUUAUUUCUGAUCCGAAAUCGUUCGACAAUUUGAACCCAAAUCGUGAAGAUUCGCCGCGUAGUGAUCUGUCUCUAGUGCCGCUGAAACAAGUCCAGCGGACUGAGUGUGAUCGUUAAGGUGAUCGUGAAGCAACAACGACACUUUCACGGUGGAAAGUGCGAAGUACGAGUGCCUAUAGUGUACGGUAGUGAGGUGUUACCUGUCUCCGAGGUCUUCAGGUGCCACCAACGAAGGUGGGAAGCAAAACCUCCAACGUCCGGCGCAAGUUCGAGCCCC